GUUGAUAAACUGUAAAUUCAUACCAACUCACCAGUGUAAAGACAGAGCUCCUGGAGUGUAGUUCGUUUCCUGUUCGUAAUAUUUAAUUAUAUAUUAUUGGUAUAACACGAUCGUGUGUUUUUCACUUUACACAUAUUGCGCAACAAAGAAUGAAUCUUUUUAAACUACUGCUACCAGUGGGCUUUACUCAUGCUAUAAGAAAUUUUUCAGUUGUAACUAUGAGUGGAAACGAAAACUAUAAGGAAGCGAAAUCGAUUUACGAUUUCACUGCGAAAUCCAUCAAAGGCGAAGACGUUUUUCUAUCUAAAUAUAAAGGACAUGUUUGUGUAAUCGUAAAUGUAGCGUCAAAAUGCGGCCUUACAGCAACAAAUUAUAAAGAAUUAAAUGAAUUAUACGAUGAAUAUGCUGAAUCUAAAGGUUUACGAAUUUUGGCUUUUCCUUGUAAUCAAUUUAAUAGUCAAGAACCAGGAAACAGUGAUGAUAUAUGUAAUUUUGCUGAUCGACAAAAAGUUAAAUUCGAUUUAUUUGAAAAAAUUGAUGUUAAUGGAGAUUCUGCGCAUCCUUUAUGGAAAUAUUUAAAAAAAGAACAAGGAGGAAUUUUGGGUGAUUUUAUAAAAUGGAAUUUUACAAAAUUUAUUGUAAAUAAAGAAGGCAAAGUGGUGGAACGCCAUGGUCCAAAUGUGGCUCCCAGUAAUUUGAAAAAUCAUCUUGAAAAAUACUUUUAAAUAUCUUGAUCUUAUAAUUACAAAUAUUUGCACUAAUAGUAGUUUUUAUAAUCAAUUAAUAUUUGUAUCAAUUGCAAAUUAUUGUAAUGAGAAGGACAAAAAAUUUAUAUUUCAUUUAUACAUUUUUAGAUAAAUAAUUUUUUAUUUAAUAGAAAUUUUUUAAAUUAUCAAAUAUUCAACAUUUUUUAACAUUAAAAGCAACAAAUUACACUUUCUAUAAUUAAAUAAUAUUUUAAAUAUCACACUUAUAUGAAUAAAUAUAUCAUUAUCGUA